AUGGAUUUAGAUAAUUAUGAUGAGUUUGGUAAUCUUACAAAAGAGGAUCCAAUUUAUUCUGAUCCAGAGACUGUAAAUGAUGAUGAUAUUUACAAAACUAAAAACGAGAAUAAUAUUAAUAUAAAUAGAGACGACGAUGCAAGUAGUAUUUUUCAAAAUGAUAAUCAAAACUUUGGAUUUCCAAAUGAUGUGGAAGUCUUGAUAGAAACAGAGGAUAGGGAGAGCAGAGAUACUAAACUGGUGGAUAAUAUCGACAAAAAAAAUAAUUUAAAUCCAAUUUUUACUAAGAACAAGCAUAAUAUACCAAAAACAAAAUAUGAUAGAAAUUACAUGAUCAAUUUGAGUAAUAUUCCUGAAAGGGUAAGAAAUAUUUCUGUAAUUGGCCCAUUACAUUCUGGUAAAACAUCUUUAGUUGAUUUAUUAGUAAUUGAUAGCCAUAAGAGAAUCCCACAUAGUACAAAAAACACCCAAGGAUGGAAACAACUUAAAUAUAUGGAUAACACUAAACAAGAAAUUAACAGAGGUAUUUCUAUUAGAUCAAAUGGUAUUACAUUACUGUUAAAUAAUUUUGAAGAGAAAUCAAUAGUAUGUAACAUUUUAGAUACACCAGGACAUGUUAAUUUUAUGGAUCAAGUUAAUAAUUCCCUAUCGGCUACUGAAUAUGCCAUAAUAUGCAUCGAUAUAGUAGAAGGUGUCACCUCAAUAGUUGAGCAUCUUAUAAAACAAUGUGAAACUAGAAAUGUUGAAAUUAUUUUUGUAUUGAAUAAAAUCGAUAGAUUAAUACUAGAACUAAAGUUACCACCACUAGAUACUUACUUAAAGUUGAAAAAAACUGUGAACAGUAUCAAUAAAUUUACUAGUAAACUAUUCUCUCCAGAGCUCAAUAACAUAAUUUUUGCAUCAUCUAAAUUAGGUUUUACAUUUACUAUAAAAGAAUAUGUUGAAUAUUUUUAUAAAGACCAAAUGAAUAAUAAUGAAAAAGAAGUUUUUACUAAAAAAUCAUGGGGCAACUACUAUUAUUCAGAUCAAAAAAUUUCCAACUCACCAAAAGACAAUAAUAGCAAGCCGACUUUUGUCGAAUUUAUUUUAACACCGUUAUACAAAAUAAUUACACAUACCCUAUCAAGUAGCCGAGAAACUCUACCAAUAUUAUUAAAGAGAGAGGCUGGCGUUACCAUAUCAACUAAUGUGCUACAUUAUGAUCCAGAGCCGCUUUUGAAACAUGUAUUACAACAAAUAUUCAGAAACCAAAAGGGUCUAAUAGAUUCGUUAUCGAUGCUAUCCGAGCCAGUGGAGUUGUCCAAUCGAAAAAUAGAAUACGUUACAAAUAUUAAAGAUGAUUCUUACCAAAAUGGUCAAUCUCUGUUAGCACACUGCCUUCAAAUUGUAGAUAUUAAUGGCAAAGAUUGGUCGCUUGUUAGAAUAUAUAAAGGCUCUAUUAAAACUGGUGAAAAACUUUAUCUGAUAGACACGAGUGAUCUAUUGUAUGACGACUCAAUGAGUGUUGAUAACGCAGACUUGUCUGAGUUUCCUCUUGUAGAAAUAAAGGAGAUUGCUCUUAUGGGCGGUAGAUAUAUAAUUCCCAUUACAGAGGCAGGUGAAGGUAAUAUAGUGCUAAUACAGGGUAUUUCUAAUUUUUAUUCCAAAUCAGCUACUUUAUAUCGUGGUUUAAUGGAAAAGGUACCAAUAUUUCCUAAUGCCGUUAAAUUAAAUCGUCCUGUUUUUAAAGUUUUUAUUGAACCGAUGCAACAUAAAAAUUUACCGAUGUUAUUAAGUGGUCUAACUAAAAUAAAUAAAUACUAUCCUGGUGCUGAAACACGUUCCGAAAACACUGGUGUUCACGCAGUACUUGGUUACGGAGAAUUAUACAUGGAUUGUCUAAUGUAUAGUUUAAGAGAAGAGUAUGUGAAAUGUGAAUUGAAAAUAUCUACACCUACCACUAUAUUUUCGGAAAGUUGUGCUGAAGAAUCAUUUGCUUCAAUUCCAGUAACUUCCACAAAUGAAAAUAUUUCGUUAAGCAUUAGUGCACAACCAAUGAAUUUUGAUCUAGUAAAGGAUUUAAAUAACAAUAAAAUACCAAAAGAUGUUCGUGAAGAUACUGAAGAGUUAUCAAAAUUGUUGGCUGAGAAUUAUGGGUGGGACAUAUUGGCGGCUAAUAACACUUGGGACAUAAAUUCUUCAAAUGCUUUUGUAAAUGAUACUUUGCAAGAUGAAGUGGACUUAAAUCAAUUAUUAAAAUACAAGACUCAAAUUUUACAAGGUUUUCAUUGGGCUAUUGAUGAAGGCCCUUUGGCAGAAGAAAAUAUCAAUGGUAUUCAAUUUCGUUUGUUAAAUUUUAGCAUUGAAGAUGAUGGUGAUCAAAGCAUAGCCAAUGAAAUAAUUUCAAUGGUGAGGAAAUCAUGUUACGUUGGUAUGUUGACUGCUAAACCUAUAUUGUUAGAACCCAUUUAUGAAGUUGACGUGGUUGUUUAUAGUUCAUUACUACCAAUUGUAGAAGAGCUAUUUGAAAAGAGGAGAGGUGGUAGAAUAUACGGUGUCUUAAAAAUUGAUGGAACUCCCUUGAUUGAAAUUCGUGGCCAGGUACCGGUGAUUGAUUCGAUUGGUUUUGAAACUGACCUGCGAUUAUCAACUAAUGGUAAAGGUAUGUGCCACUUACAUUUUUGGAACAAGAUUUGGAAGAAGGUACCUGGUGAUGUCUUAAAUAUCGAUGCACCAAUCCCUAAACUGAAACCUGCACCAUACGAUAGUUUGAGUAGAGAUUUCUUAAUGAAAACAAGACGCAGGAAAGGAAUUUCCGAUGGUGGAUUCAUGUCUAAUGAUGGACCAAGUUUAGAAAAAUAUAUCGAGCCAGAAAUUUAUACACAAUUGAAAGAAGGAGGCUACAUAUAG